AUGAUUGGUCAGAGGCGAGUCAGGCUUUGGACUUUUAGGUCCAAACUCUGGCCGGAGCGGCGAGGCGUCGGGAGAGACAUGGCUGGGCAGUGCGUGAGCGUGCGGGCCCUGGUAGCCGCACUCCUGAUUUUUCUCGCCACCGUCUCUGGAUCCACCGGCCCUAGCAGCAGGGAAAUUUGGGGAGCCUCGCGGAUCCCUUCCCAGUUCAGCGAGGAGGAGCGCGUCGCUAUUAAAGAGGCGCUGAAAGGUGCCAUCCAGAUUCCCACAGUGUCUUUCAGCCAUGAGGAAUCCAACACCACAGCCCUUGCUGAGUUUGGAGAAUACAUGCGCAAAGUGUUCCCGACAGUGUUCCACAGCAGCCUGAUCCGACAUGAAGUCGUGGGAAAGUACAGCCACCUGCUUACUGUGCAAGGCUCGGACUCCAGUCUGCAGCCCUACAUGCUGAUGGCUCACUUUGACGUGGUUCCAGCCUCUGAAGAAGGAUGGGAGGUGCCCCCGUUCUCAGGCCUGGAACGUGAUGGCUUCAUCCAUGGCCGGGGCACACUGGACAACAAGAACUCAGUGAUGGCAAUCCUGCAGGCCCUGGAGCUCCUGUUGAUCAGAAACUAUAGCCCUCGAAGAUCUUUCUUCAUUGCUUUGGGCCAUGAUGAGGAGGUGUCUGGGAUAAAGGGCGCUCAGAAGAUCUCAGCACUGCUACAGGCUAGGGGCGUUCGGCUGGCCUUCCUUGUGGAUGAAGGGAGCUUUAUCAUGGAAGAUUUUCUUCCGAACCUCAAGAAGCCCUUUGCCAUGAUUUCAGUCGCAGAGAAGGGUGCCCUUGAUCUCAUGCUGCAAGUGAACAUGACUCCAGGACACUCUUCAGCUCCUCCAAAGGAGACAAGCAUUGGCAUCCUUUCCGCCGCUGUCAGCCGACUAGAGAAGACACCCAUGCCGAAUAUGUUUGGGAGUGGGCCGCUGAAGCAGGCACUGAAGCUGCUGUCAAAAGAGCUUUCCUUCCCCGCCAAUAUAGUCUUGGGGAACCUGUGGCUGUUUCAGCCCAUUGUAAGCAGGCUAAUGGAGAGGAAUCACAUAACCAACGCCCUGGUCAGAACCACCACCGCCCUCACCAUAUUCAAUGCAGGAGUCAAGGUGAAUGUCAUCCCCCCAUUGGCUCAGGCUACAAUCAACUUCCGGAUUCACCCUUCGCAGACAGUUCGUGAGGUCCUCGAACUUGUCAAGAACAUCGUGGCUGAUGACCGAGUCCAGUUACAUGUGCUGAGGUCUUUUGAGCCCCUGCCCGUCAGCCCCUCCGAUGCCAAGGCCAUAGGCUACCAGCUGCUUCAACAGACCAUACAGUCCGUCUUCCCGGAAGUCAAUAUUGUUGUCCCCGGUAUUUGCAUUGCCAACACAGACAGCCGGCACUAUGCCAACCUCACCGACGGCAUCUAUCUGUUCAACCCCGUUUUCUUGCAACCUCAGGGCUUUAGUAGUAUCCAUGGAAUCAACGAGAAAAUCUCCGUGCGGAACUACGAGAACCAGGUGAAGUUCAUCUUUGAGUUGAUCCAGAAUGCUGACACCUACAAGGAGCCAGUUCCUCAUCUGCACGAACUCUGAGGCCAGGAUGCAGCUGGGUGAGGGGUGCCCGACCCUGGGCAGGACUAAGCUACAGGGAGAGACAGAGCCCAUGUUGACGAAAGGUUUGGUGGAACCACCUUGCAAUGCGGACGGAGUUCAUCUGCCUGACUCCCUCCUCCACUCGCCAGAGAACAAGCUCUGAGGAGGAGGAGAUGAACAGAGUCCAACCUGUCAUUUCCGUGAUGUCUGCCCUCUUCCCCUGAGUGGCCUCAGCUGCCUCUGUCCUGCAAUAGAAGGUGUUGGCCUGUCUCAUGCCACCUACUUAACUCGUCCUCUUUCCCAGCCUGCCUUAACAAAUGCAGAUUUUGGGAAAAUCUCAGGAAGGUUUUAUCUAGAUAGAAUGUUAACUUAGGGUACUUGAGCUGGAUUGCCUUCUAGGAUUUCCAUUCUCCUGCCUCCGCUCUCUUCUUGGAUGUGGGAGCUGCCUCUCCUGUCUCUGCUACCUUUCUCCCCUCUCCAGUGUAUUCCACACCUGAGUAACGGUCAAACCGAGACUCUCCCACAGCACUGUCAGUCUGUGUAGCGUCAGCUGCUCUCUAACCAGUGCCUCUCACAGUCUCCACCUCACAACUCCUGGGUCCAGACACUGGGGCCUGGAAAAGCAAGCUGCUCUCCUUGGGUUCCUGGAACUUUGCUCCUUUCCCUGCCCUGUUCCUGCCACCUGCUCUGGUGACCCCACCCCAGGAGGCACUAAUCUGUGGAAACAUUUCCCUGGCACAGCCUCUCACUGGAGCCCAGAACCAGCAGAGCCUUGGCUCUGGCACCAUAUCCUGUUUCAGAAUGACCAAGGGGAAGUGGAGGGCAAGGUGGUGGUGGGGUGCUCGAGGGGCUGCUCUUCCCUGGGUAAGAGAGGCAAGGGGAGGCAGCCUUCACUGAAGGACAGCAGAGUUCCUGCCUUCUCUCUGGACUCCAACCCUAGGCGCUUUGAUUCUGCCCAGUAGCUGCCAGGUGGGGGGCUUUGGAAAGCAGCAUUUCUUGACUCAGGGCCAGGGUCUGUGCUUUGUGGCUCACAAGGGAGUCGAGGUCACAAGGGGAGGCACAGAAGUGGGACUUGAAAGACUCCCUCUUUUUCCCUCUCUGAACGAGACAUUUCAUGUCUCCUACAGGCUUGAUACCACCACUGGGUUUCCUUGCUCCCUCAAAAGCCACAUUCUCCCUCCCUCUGGAGUCCUUACCCCUUCCUCCCAUGGCUGUGAAGAUGUGAACUGCUCCUUGCAGUUCUGGCUUAAUUGUCAGUGGUAGAAACAGUAUGCGAAUUC